AUGGCUGUUCGAAGCGAUCGGGAUAAGGAAUUAAGUUUUUAUCGCAUACCAGCUCUGAAAAGCAAUGCGAGCAAAAUAUUGCAAGAUUUACACAAGGAACGUCGUUCUUUGUGGCUUCGAAGAAUUCGUCGGGCAGACAUUGACGAUUCUAAAUGCACGUAUUUACGAGUGUGCAGCCUUCAUUUUGCUACUGGGAAACCAUCGGCUUUAACGGACCAAACUAAUCCAGACUGGGCUCCAUCUCAAAACCUUGGACAUACAUAUGUGGAAAAAGUUGAUGUCGAUCGCUAUGCUCGUAUUUCGGAGAGAAAUGAAAAACGAAAAAGAAGUGAAUCCAUUGAAACAGUACUGUCAGCAGUGACUCAAUCGACCUUGACAAACCAUCUUGUAGACGAAGAACACGGAGCCACAUCUGCUUCAUUGUCAGAAUCAGAAUCGAACAACAAAUAUUCACAAACAGAACUGAGUUUGGAUAAAAUAACUGCAAUGAAGAGCGAGAUCAAUCGCUUGACCCAAGAAAAUCUUGAGUUAAAAAAUAAGAUAAGUGACGUGACGCUUGACGAGAAAUCCUUCUUAAAUGAUGACGAAAAAGUCCUCUUUUACACUGGUCUGCCAAAUUGGAAGAUCUUGUCAGCAACACUGGAACUGAUUUGGCUUAUCGAUUUGGAAACAUCAACAAGGGAACUGUAUCAAGAAUUUUCUUACAAGUAAUUGAUGUUCU